AUGAAGCCUGAGCUGCUGCUCCUGCUGCUGGCACUCCUGCAAACCUGCCACACCGCAGAGGAGUCUUGCAUUGAGCGAUGUGAUAGCGGCUUUGAUGCGACCAAACAAUGCCAGUGUGACUCUUUAUGCAAGUACUACAGGAGCUGCUGUACUGAUUAUGAGUCACUCUGUGACAAUUUGACCCGUGGAGACACUUUCCCGUCUUUCCCUGAGGAUGAGGAGAACAGCACAGAUGUGGCACCUACACUCAGUGGCGAGAACAUAAACACAAUGACCCUGUCUCCAUCUUUUAUCAAACAUCCGACUUUAUUCACUACAGCUCCACCAACCUCGGACCCUGAUGCUGAGGUGUGCAGUGGCAGGCCAUUUAAUUCCUUCAUGCAACUCAAAAAUGGCUCACUCUAUGCUUUCAGGGGAAAGUAUUUCUUUGAACUGGAUGAGAGGUCAGUGUUGCCAGGUUAUCCAAAACUCAUCGAAGACUUUUGGGGGAUAAAAGGUCCUAUAGAUGCAGCAUUUACACGCAUAAACUGCCAAGGAAAAACAUACAUCUUCAAGGGAAGCAAGUACUGGAGGUUUGACAAUGGAGUCCUGGAUGAAGAUUUCCCAAGAAAUAUCUCUGUAGGAUUUGAAAAUAUCCCAGAUCAGUUAGACGCUGCCUUUGCGAUCCCUGCUCACAUUCACAAUGGCAAAGAGAAGGUCUACUUCUUUAAAGGUGAUCAUUAUUAUCAGUAUGAGUUUAAGCAACAGCCAUCCCAUGAGGAAUGCAUUCAGAUAUCUCGGAUCUUCCCCUCUGCGCUCUUUAGAAGAUAUACAGACUUAUAUUAUGAUCGCUGGGCAGAGCACUUCAGUCAGCUUUUCAAUGGAUUUGAAAGCCAACACGGCAUCAAUCAUUUCAUUAGUAAAGACUGGAUUGGUAUCAAAUCCCCAGUGGAUGCAGUGCUGGCUGGAAGGCUGUAUGUCUCACCUAAAUAUUUACAAUGGCCCAGUAGGAGGCGGCAGGAUCAACUGGGGGGUCAGCAUUGGAGUCAGCAGUGGAACCAACAGCUGAACCAACAGUGGAACCAAGAAUGGGACCAGCAGCGGAACCAGCAGCAGAACCAGCAGCAAUGGGGCUCGCAGCGUAGACAGAACCGAUCUCCUAUCUGGGACAUUAUGGCUGAGAGAGGUGUUAGCAUCAGGCAGGAAUUUAGCCAGAGGUUUGGCCAGGACAACUGGAGAGAUCAGGACAGACGCAGGAAUGGCUAUCAACAGCAAUAUGACAAGGAUUAUGACUACAGAUACAACCCUUCUGAGUAUGCAACGUUCAAACGAAUCCGUUGGAGCCGGCCACUACAGAGCGUCUACUUCUUCAAAGGAGAUCAGUACUACAGAUUCAAUUUACAGACCAAGCGAGUUGACUUUGCCUUUCCUUCAUACCCCAGACCAAUAGGCAAAUACUGGCUGGGCUGCAGAGACACACCAGGAGCAGAGAAGAGAUAA